AUGGAAUCUAGAUUUGGAGUUGUGCUGGUUUUGAUCUUGGCAGCUGCAUCAUCAUCUGCCCAGAAGAACUGUACCUGUGCGACCAACAGACGGGCUCUCUGCACUGAAGACACGCUUGGGAGCUGCCUCUGCACGUUGGUGGGUUCAAAUCAAAGAGUAAAUUGUUCAGUGUUGACUUCAAAAUGCCUACUGAUGAAGGCAGAAAUGAGCUCCCCAAAGGGCAGGCGUAUCUCCAAACCUGAGCAUGGCUUUUUAGACAAUGAUGGCGUUUACAAUCCAGACUGUGAGGAUAGUGGUAUCUUCAAAGCCAGGCAGUGCAAUCAGACCAAUACCUGCUGGUGUGUGAACUCUGCUGGGGUGAGAAGAACUGAUAAAGGUGACACAACCCUAAGAUGCAAUGAACUAGUCAGAACUAACUGGAUCUUCAUCGAACUGAAACACAAGGAGAGGUCUAAAGCCUUCCAUGCUUCUGAAGUGGCAGAUGGUCUGAAACAGAUCAUUCACAACAGAUACAAGCUGCAUCCAAAGUACAUUACUGCCAUUGAGUAUGAAUACCCAUUCAUCCAUAUUGACCUGAAGCAAAAUGCUUCCCAGAAAUCCAAAGAAGAUGUUGAUAUAGCUGAUGUGGCUUAUUACUUUGAAAAAGAUGUUAAACUUGACUCCAUAUUUCAUCGUAGUAAUGCAUUCAACCUCUCCAUUAACGGAGACCCUCUGGAUGUGGAAGGAAUUUUAAUUUACUACGUGGAUGAAAAGCCACCAGAGUUUUCUAUGAAACGUCUGACUGCUGGCGUUAUUGCUGUGUUGGCAGUGGUGAUAUUGACUAUUAUUACUGGGAUUACUGUACUGGUUAUUACCAGAAGGAGGACCGGGAAGUAUGAGAAGGUCGAGAUCAAGGAGAUGGGUGAAAUGAGACGAGGACAGAACUCAUAGCUGCCUUAAUCUGAAGACAGAAAUUAUGACUUUGAUAAGAAGGAAGCAGAAAUGGGAAGAUUAUUCAAUGUUUGUAUGGGGAGACUGGUGUAUUUUUUAUUUCAAGUUUUAAAACAAUGUUUUUCUAAAAUCCUAAAUGAGCUUCGAUGAGUAAAGUGGUAUUAACUAGUAUAAUUUGAGAGUUGAGUAUCAAAAUCACCUUAGCCCAAAAUUUUCUAAUUGUAUAGUUGUAUUUUUAAGGGGACAAGAAAGUUAUUUGUACUUCCUAACAUAGCUAUUUAGCAUAAUUUAUAAUACCUACAUUUGUAUUACUAAAGAGCCUGUUAAACUUGUUUAAAAAUUUUAUGACUUUUUUUUUUUUUUUUUUUGCACAACCAGGUGCUGAAGCUUGAAUAUGCAUUGUCUGACUCACUUGUAUAACUAGGGUUGGCUUUCUGUUUUCAAUGACAUUUUUAAAGAUACUAUCUUUGUUGAAGUUGCUGGAACUUUUUUUUCCUCACCAACUUUAAACUUAAUAAAUUCCACCAAAAACAAAACAAACAAAAAAUUGUGAUAAUCUC